AUGGCUUGCGGUAAAGGAAGUUUGUUAGCCAUCGGCACACUGCUGCUUGCCUGCAGUUGGCUCGAAUGGGCCGAAAGUCGCAUGGUGCCCAGCCUGGAGGUGGGCCGAAAGUUGCGUGAAUCCCGGGCAGCCGGCCGUGUUGCGGCCAAACCGGGCGGCAAGGUAUACAGACCGCCCAAGGCCUGGGAGAUGGGGUUGGGCUUCUAUAAGGAGGGCGACAUCAUGGAGCGGGCGCCGCGUCAAAGGAACGGUGUUGCAACUUCCGUCUUCCCGAAUGCCCGCUGGCCAAAUGCGGUGAUACCGUACGUUAUUACCGGCACAUUCACUGCUGCUGAGCAGUCGACCAUUCAACAGGGUAUGGCUCACAUCGCUGCCGUUACGUGCGUCCGGUUCGUGGCACGCUCGUCCGAAGCCAUCUACCUGACGAUCGGUAACGGCGAUUCUGGCUGCUGGUCGUACGUGGGCCGCAGCACACGCAACAGCGAGAACCAGGUUAACCUGCAGAGCCCCGAGUGUGUGGACAUCGGUACGGUGGUGCACGAGUUGAUGCACGCGACCGGUUUCUAUCACGAGUUUACGCGCCCGGAUCGCGAUGAGUACGUGUCCAUCGAUCGUACCGCACUGGCGCCAGAGUACCAGUCGGACACAUUCUUCCAAGAUAACUACGCUAAGAAGGCCCCCUACGAGGUGGUUCUGUUUGGCCGACCGUACGAUUACGGUAGCGUUAUGCACUACUCCAAGUAUGCGGCAGCUGCUAGCCGGGCAAAGGCGGUCAUGAACAAUCUCAAACCCUGGACCGGCGACUUUGGCAAUGAUAAUGGGCUAUCGCCCUCGGACAUUAUCGAUAUCAAUUACAUGUACUGCAACGGUACUACUACUAGCACUGCGAAUCCCACUACUACCAGCACUGCGAAGCCCACAACGACUACUACCAGCACUGCGAAGCCCAAGACGACUACUACCAGCACAACGAAGCCCAAAACCACUACUACCAGCACGACUACGACGACCACGACUACUAAACCCGUGACUACUACCACUAGGGCCCCAGUCACCAGCACCACGGUGCGGACACUCCCAACCCUUUUCCCAGACCGUACCGGCAUAUUUACAACGCUCAUUCAGGCGCCAUUGAUUCGGUUCCUUGAGUUGCUCCGCUCGUUUCCACUGCUCAAUCUGUUCAACUUUGGAUGA